AAAAUAAUUUCAUUUUUUAACCUCUUCUUCAUUUUUCUCUCUUUUUUUCCUUACAUAUUUCCUCAACUGAGAGAGAAACACAGGCAUUGAGAUUUUUUGUGGGUUAUUUUUUUGUUUGAUGAAGAAGAAGAAUUCAAAUUGAUUCUUUUGAUUCUUCUUCUUCAUCAAUCUAUACACAUUUUUGUUGUCUCUUUAACCCACAAGAGAUUCUCUUUGUCUUUUAAUUCUUGAUUAUUUUUGCCGACAUUCUUGAUUAUUGUUUCACCUCAGUUUGGCUUGAGUUGAACAACCCACAAAUCUUGUUACACCUCAUUGUAAUCUUUCUUCUUUUUUGUCAAGAUAUUUGGAUAAUAUUUACCAACUACCCUUUUUCCAGAUUAUUGUAAUUUAGCUAAUUUCAAGAAAUCAAGAAGAGCCCAUCUCAAUCUUACUAAGAUAUCGUUAUAUAAUCCAUAAUUGACAGCUGUUUAGAGUCACCCUUUGUUAUCAAUUCAAACAAGACCAUUAUUAGCCUCUUGCUUCUUUCGGAUUCUCACAUAUUGAUUUUUAUUUGAGUUCCAUCUAAAUUAUCUAUUUUCGAGCUGAGGGUUUCCAUCAGUUUUCUCAACGAGACCCGCCAGAUUAAACACUGGUGGGUUUCGUUGAGUAAAUUAAUUUUUUCAUCUAUUUGAAACCUAUUCGUUUAAAUACGGGUGGGUUUCAUCGGGUAAAUUAAAAGGAAAAAAAAUAAAUCUUUCCGACAAUAGAUUGGUCGAAUUUUAUUUAAAGAAAAGUUGGUUUUCCACUAUAGAAGCCAAGUUUCCCAUCUAUCCAAUAACAAAAAGAAAGGAUGACAAUUCUUUUCUUCUUCAUCACUUGUUUAUCAUUCCUCAUCUUUUACAAGUCUCUUACUCUACAACUACUCCCUCCAUGGGCUUAUGAAAUGAGACUAGUAGGCAUCAAACUCUGGAGAACCUUGUCUUUCACUCAACUUGCAAGUUACAUAAAGAUCAACUUCUACUUUUUGGCAAGAAUGACCAAGUCCUCUAGUAGAACCAUCUCAAGUGAUCCCAAGUUUGAGCUUCUUGAUUCCGAGAUCCAAGAGGACAUGAUGUCCCUGCUAGAUUUGCCAGACUUAGCAUUGGAAUGCAUUCUCGAAAAGCUUCCACCAGAUGGGCUAACCAGAGUGUCAAGUGUUUGUACUUCUCUGAGAACUACAUGUAUGAGCAAUCACUUGUGGGAGAAACAUAUGAAGCAAAAAUGGGGAAAUGUGAUCGGCCCGGCUGCUUAUAGAGAGUGGCAAUGGCAUGUUGCCACAAGAAAUGAGUUUGGUUUUCUUGAUCAGGGAAAUGAAAGAGGCUUUUUCGGGUUUUUACAGAAGACAUGGCCUUGGCCUCUAUUGUUUAGUAGAGGUAAAAAUACAGGAAUCAAUAGUACUAAGAAGAAGAAUUCAACAAGAAGUUGCUACUCUGCGCCAGCUGAUUCGGUCAUGGCCUGGUACAUGGCUCUUGAAACUGGCAAGUUUUGGUUCCCUGCUCAGGUUUACAACAGAGAGAAUGGACAUGUUGGGUUCAUGUUGUCUUGCUAUGAUGCUGAACUUUGCUAUGAUUCUCGUACGGAUACUUUCCAAGCCAGGUAUCCACCCCAUGGGAGGAGGCCAGUGGCAAUAGAAAAUGGAGUGACAUGGGAUAGAUUAAGGGCAGCACCAAUAGAUAAUUCCCCACAUGAUCUGCACAUCUCUGAAUGUUUAAAUGAGCUGCACCCUGGUGAUCACAUUGAGAUUCAGUGGAGAAGGAAUAAAGAGUUUCCUUAUGGAUGGUGGUAUGGUGUUGUAGGGCACUUGGAAUUGUGUGAUGGGAAUCAAAAUUAUUGCAGAUGCUUUGAAAGUGACAUGGUCGCGCUCAACUUCAACCAGUACACUCCUGGUUCGCGGUGGAGGCAAACGACAGUGAGCCGGAAGCAUCAUCGCGAAGAAGGAAAUGGGGCUGAUGGAUUUUAUGGUGGAAUCCGAAAACUAAAAACCUCGAAUGAAAUCUCAACGUGGAAGAGACUUUGGCCUGUCGAUGUCUUGGAAUAAUCGGCAACUUUAGUCCAUACAAAGAAAACAUAAUGUGCCGGAUUCUGUUCAGAUGACUAGUAAAAUUGUAUACUUGGGCUUUCCUGAUUUUUUUUUCUUGUUUAUAGUAGUUCGUAGAAAGCAGAAAUGGGUUCUUAUUAUUCCCUCGCUGUGUAUACUUCCCACAUAAUGUUUUAUCACGGUGGAGAAUUUUUUAGGACAAAAGGAAGGAGAUUAUAAAGAAAUGAAAUUUCGGCAAAUGACUUGGA